CUCUCUCAGGCACAAGACGGGCGCACUACAUCCGGGUAACAGCUGGGGUCCUGACAGCGCGGAAAAAAGCAUUAGCUAAAUAAUCUGAGCAACAUGUCUGGAAGAGACGGAGGUAAAAAGAAACCCCUCAAGGCUCCUAAGAAGCAGUCGAAGGAUGUGGACGAUGAGGACAUGGCUUUCAAACAGAAACAGAAAGAGGAACAGAAAGCAUUGGAACAAUUGAAAGCCAAGGCCGCUGGAAAAGGACCUUUAACUGGAGGUGGCAUCAAGAAGUCUGGGAAGAAAUAAAUAUUUCAUUGUAUAUUUGCUUGCUGUUCAUACCAUCAACUUAUGAUUUAAGUCCACAAUAGCGAUGUCAAAUGAUUUUUUUAGUUGCUUUAUAUUUCUCAUGUAAAGAACUUUAAAAGGAAUAAAUUUUGGGAUGACUGUACAUUUAAAUUUCAGAUUUUAAUGUCUUGGAUUUUUUUAAACAUAUUCAAAGCUCAUGACAACACAGUUAUAUAAUAUCCAAACAUUUCAAGUUUAAAUUCUCAUGUAGACAACUCAAUCGCUGCAGUGUUUGUUCAAGCAUAUCCAUCUAUAUUCAGUUCUCCAGUCACACUUUUCAUGUCUCCAAAUGUUCAAUCCUCUUUGAUUAACCUGAACACACACGUCUUUUGUUAUUGUUUCUUUUCGUUAUGUAGUUUUAGUUAUUUUGCUGAUGCAUUGUGUCUUAUGUUCCCCCUCUACUGGAUAGUGGUCACUCACUUUCAGUGCCUGUGAAGACAUUCAAUCUGUUUUAGGAACUAACUAAACCAGUCUUCAAAUUAAACAACUUUGUUUAUUAAAAUGCA